AUGCGAACUCGAUCGAGUCGGUCAACUGAAGACUUGGUCGAGCUAGACAUUACAACGGGUAGAAAGAGGGUUCAGAGGUCACAGAGGGUACAAGAGGAACCUGAGGUGCUUGUUGCUGAUACAAUGGAUGUACCAGAGGGGAAUGGAAACCCUUUGGGUAAUGGACUCGGUCGAGCUAGGCAAACUCGACCGAUUGGUCAAGGAGAUGCUCCAAACCGCCACCAACAGAGACAAGGGAUUGUUCCACCACCAGUGCAGAACCACAACUUUGAGAUCAAGCUGGGAAUGAUCAACCUUGUCCAGAACAAGAUGUUCCAUGGAUUGCCAAGUGAAGACCCCAUUGACCACCUUGAUGAGUUUGAUAGGCUUUGUGAUUUGACAAAGAUCAAUGGUGUCUCUGAAGAUGCCAUCAAGCUGAGACUCUUUCCUAUGUCUCUAGCUGACAAAGCUCACCAAUGGGAGAAGAGCUUGCCCCAUGGCACAAUCACCACUUGGGAUGAAUGCAAGAAGGCCUUUCUUGCUAAGUUUUUCUCCACCGGUCGCACAGCCAAGCUUAGAGGAGAGAUAUCCAGCUUCAUCCAGCGAAACAAUGAGACAUUCGCAGAGGCUUGGGAGAGGUAUAGGGAGAUGCUAGACACAGCUAGCAAUGGGAACUUCCUCAACCAGGAUGUAGAUGAUGGCUGGCAACUUGUGGAGAACAUAGCUAACUCAAAUGGAAGCUAUGGAGAAGAGUAUGAUCGCACCAACCGGAGCUCGACCCACCACUCGAUCGAGUCAGACGAAAAGUUGAGAAAAGAUGUUAAGGCAUUGAAUGAGAAGUUGGAUAAGCUGAUCCUAGCUCAGUCCACAAUGAAGAAAGUCAACUUUGUGUCUGCUGAGGAGAUGGAACCAGUCCAAGAAGGGGAGGAUACACAAUUUGCUGAGGUGUGCUACAUGAGCAAUGGGCAAGGAGGUUACAACAAAGGAUACUAUAAUUACAAGUCCAACCCUGCCAUGUCAUACCGCAACACUGAUGUUGCUAACCCUCAGGACCAAGUAUAUCCUCAACAACAAGCAGCUCGAUCGAGUCAGGUGCCACAACAUGGGUAUGGUCAAAAGAACAAUUACCAAGGACCACAAGGCACUUUCCCUGGACAACAAAUGAAUAUCCCACCAGGCUUCCCCCACCAACCGCCCCAGCCUGCACCUUCACAAGAGAAUGAGCUCAAGGCAAUGCUAAAGCAACUACUUCAAGGGCAAGCUGAUGGGGUAGUGGACACAAGCAAGAAGCUAGCUGAAAUAAACUCUAAGAUCGAGAACCUCAACACAAGGGUUUACUCUCUGGAGAAUCAUGCUUCUUCUGUUGCUGCUGCUACAAAGCAAGGACAACUACCUGGUAAAGCUAUUCAGAACCCCAAGGAACAGUGCAAGGUCAUCUUCACUCAAGAAGGACUUGUUGAAGAAGAGGAUCAAGAAAGGGUCAUUGAAGAUUUUUGUUUACUGCUGAAUGAUGAAGAGAUUGUUGCUGCUGAGGCUCCUGGAGUCCAGAUUGAUCAACCAGAAGUGCAUGCACCUACUGUGGCCAUUCACACUUCACCAGUUGAGCUCGCACGACAAGCUCGAUCGGCAGCUCGAUCGAGUCCAACUCUAGCUCGAUCGAGUCCGACCUCUUCUGUCCGACAGCCUGUUUUGCUUGAUCCUUAUCAACCGGUUGCCGCUUCCUCGUCUCGCCUACUUAGUCAAGGUCACAAGGAAGUGAUUCACAAGUUCAGAAGAGAUCUCAGUGGGAUUGGAAUUGAGUUGCCUCCUAUGGAUAGCAUGAGUGAGGCAUUUGAUCAAAUGCAAAUGGUCAAGGAUGUUUCUGCCAACAGUGAUAAAGUUUCAGAGGUCCUACAAGAGUCUACUCAUCAGUUCAACCUGCUUACUUCACCCACCUUCCUACCAAAGGUCAAGGAUCAAGGGAAAUUCACUCUCCCUUGCACACUUGGGCAUCUUGAGAUUGACAAUGCCUUAGUGGAUUCUGGAGCAAGCAUCAAUCUGAUCUCUCUCUCCAUGGCAGAGAAGCUAGGCAUUGCUGGAGCCUUGCAGCGCCCUACUACUUCAAUCAUGUUUGGAGAUGCAACUUCUAAGUCUCCUCUUGGAGUGUUCAAGAACUAUCACUUGAAAAUUGGAGAAUGCAUCAUCCAAACUGAUCUCACUGUGAUGGAAAUGGAAGAAGAGAAGGAUUUGCCUUGUUAUUGGGAACCCCUUUCCUUACCUAGAGGUUCAGACUUUUGUGCCACAAUUGACAGUACCAAUCUCAGUUCUAAGAGUCAUGGAGCUACAAAGGUUGUGAAGGAAAGGGUUGACAAGGAACCAAGAGUUGGGAAGGAUAAGGAUGAGAGAGGACCAAGGAUUGAGAAGCCACGUCUUGAGAGGGCUAGAGUUGAGAAACCACGAUCUGAUAGGCCAAGAGCUGAGCGACUUGUUCAAGCCCCUUGUGUGCUUGAUGAAGAGAGCCUUCAAGCUUUGUUUGAUGAGCCACUAGGAAGGGCUCUACAAGAAGGGGAGGAUGCAGCCUCUAAGGCAAGACCAGGAGAUAAAAGAAAGGAUCCACCAGCUCAGGCCCCUUCAGUCAAGCCAUCUCAGCUCACAAUGACUUUGUUCCCCACCAAGUUUGAAAAUGGGAAGAUUGAGUACAAGAUAAGGUACAAGGGGAGAUCAAGGCCAUUCUCUAGAGCCAAGGCCUUGGUGACUUCAGAACAGUCCAGGGACCCAACCAAGCUAAAGGAGCUUCUGUCUCAAGUCCUCACUAUCACCCUUGAUGGUACUUUAGUGAAGAAACAAGUCAAGAUGACAAACAGUGAGGGAAGCCGCGCUUCACAGAGGAGAAUGGUUGAGGGUGAAUCAAGCAAUGCAAGAGAGAAAGGCUUAAGAUGCAAGCCGAUUUGGAAGAGGAUGGAUCAGAGGAUGGAAGAUCUGAUGCAGAGGAUAUGUACUCUGAGGACAGUCUGA